AUGUCCAACGCCGAGCUCGCGCGCGCCGCGCUGCGCGCCGCCCGCGCGGCGGCGAACCCGUUCACGCUCCACGUCUCGAUGUCCAACAAGCACGUCCACGCCCAGAUCGUUCGCGCGGUCGACGGUCACGUCGUCGCGAGCGCGUCGACGGUGGAGCGGGCGGUUCGCGAGCGUGAACCGCCGAUUAGGGUGACGAGCGAUAAGGUGGCGGCGAGAAGGGUGGGUGAAGUGAUCGCGGAGCGGGCGAAAAAGGUGGAGGUUCCCGAGGUGCGGUGGGCGCGCCCGUACGGAGCGCGGUUCCACGGGAAGUUCGCGUCGCUCUUGACGGCGCUCCAGAGCGGUGGCGUGGGGUUGGCGUGA